UGAGUCUGUGAGGGAGGCACAGUUGAAGAACGCUGGCAGUGUCGAGGGUCACAGGAAUGUAUAGUAAACACAGGCAGAAAAAUACUCACACAUCCCCGGCACAGUGUGGACGUGUGCUCGCUCUUCUUUGUUUCUUGGUGCUGAACGGCGCAGUGGAAGGAGCCCCCAGACACGGAGAGCGAGGACUGCAGCAGGGAAGGACCGUGAUGGUGGAAUGGAUUUCUCCAAGUCAAACGAAGAGGCAUACAGAACCUGCCACAAAGGAGGAAUAUCCAGUCAGAGGAAAGAUCUUGCUCUCGUCCAGUGAUCUCCAGCUGGUGCUACAAGUGGAACAUAAUCAUGAGCUUUUGGGUCAAGACUUUACAGAGACAUACUACACAGAGGAUGGGAAACCUGUUACUCUUACUAAUCACAAUUACACUGAUCAUUGCUUUUACCAUGGCCAUGUAAGAAAACAUCCAGAUUCCUGGGUUGCACUCCGCACAUGCUCAGGAUUCAGAGGGCUGAUAUCACUGAAUUCUAGUGACACCUACUACCUGGAGCCAAUCAGCAGUGUAGAUCCAGUCUACCACUCACUGUUGAGUACCAUGAAGCUGCCAAUUAAGGGUGGAAGCUGCUACCACACGCAUCACACCACACAGCCCAACCUUUUCUCUAAUCUGCUCUCAUCAUUUCAUUCAAGGGUUAAAAGGAAUACCUUGGGUACGACUAAGUACAUCGAACUGUACAUUGUGGCGGAUAAUACAUUGUUUCAACGGCAGAAUCAAGAUUAUGAAAAGACUAAGGCGAGGAUAAUGGAAAUUGCUAAUUAUGUGGAUAAGUUCUACAGGGCUCUGAACAUCCGUGUGCCUCUCAUUGGUCUGGAGGUUUGGACUAAAAGAGAUCAGUGCAUCAUCACCGAGGAGCCAAAUGCAACCCUUUGGUCCUUCCUCCAAUGGAGACAGAAGCUAAAAUCACGCAAGAAGCAUGACAAUGCCCAGUUGCUUACGGGUGUGACAUUCAAGGGGACAACUAUCGGCAUGGCACCACUGGAGGGGAUGUGCAGCCUGGAAAACUCUGGAGGCAUCAAUGUGGACCACUCAGAGCUGUCCAUUGGUGCUGCAGCCACCAUGGCCCACGAGAUUGGCCACAACUUUGGGAUGAGCCAUGACCAUGACAGCUGCUGUGUGGAGGCCACUGCCGAUCAAGGAGGCUGUGUGAUGGCCGCUGCCACCGGGCACCCAUUCCCUCGAGUCUUCAGUUACUGCAGCAAACGCGAUUUGGACCGCUAUUUCCAGAAGGGAGGGGGCAUGUGCUUAUAUAACAUUCCCAACAUGAACGAUCUGGUGGGGGGCAAGAAGUGUGGCAACGGCUUUGUGGAGGACGGAGAAGAGUGUGAUUGUGGAGAACCAGAUGAAUGUGAAAACGACUGCUGCAAUCCCAAUAACUGUACCUUGAAGGAGGCGGUCCAGUGUGCCCAUGGAAUGUGCUGCGAGGGGUGCAAAUUGAAGCAGGCGGGUACCAUGUGCCGGCGCCCAGCAGGAGCAUGUGACCUUCCAGAAUACUGCACUGGGGCUUCUCCUUACUGCCCUGCCAACGUUUACCUGCUGGAUGGCUCCUCUUGUCAAUACGGAAUGGCCUACUGCUACAAUGGCAUGUGCCUCACCCAUGAACAGCAGUGCUUGCAGCUCUGGGGCUACGGAGCUCAACCGGCCCACGAUGUCUGCUUUGAAGAUGUCAAUGCAGCAGGAAAUGAUUUUGGAAAUUGUGGGAAAGAUGAAUAUGGCACCUAUGUGAAGUGUAAGAAAAGCGAUGCCAAGUGUGGGAAGAUUCAGUGCCACAGUGCUGCCACAAAGCCAAAAGGCACCAAUGCUGUGUCAAUUGACACUACCAUCAAGACUGGAGGAACAGAGGUGAAAUGUCGUGGCACAUACGUCUACAGCACCCAGGAUGGCCAGGGUGACCUGCCUGACCCGGGUCUUGUCAUGACCGGCACCAAGUGCGGAGAGGGCAAGGUGUGCAGAGACCGCAGAUGCCAAAAUGCCUCUUUUACUGAGUUAGAGACUUGCCUUGCACGCUGUCACAACAAUGGGGUGUGUAACAGCAAUGGGAACUGCCACUGUAAUCAAGGCUGGGCACCACCCUUCUGUGAGAAGCCAGGACUUGGUGGCAGUGUGGACAGUGGGCCGGUUCAGUAUGGCAGUCAGGUGGGGCUGGUGGCUGGACUGUUGUUUGCCUUCUUGGUGGUUUUACCUGCAGUGCUGCUGGUCUUCUACUGCCACAGGAUCAAGACGUCUUAUUACCAUAAGUGGCUUUCCCAAAGAAAAAAGAACACAUGCAAGAAGAUGGAGGGAUCAGCAGAUAAGCGAAAGAAUGGCCAUCUUAAUCCUGCCUUUCACCUGAAAGUUGUAGGACCAAUCAACACAGUUAAUGGCCACAAGGGGAUUUCUCACACCAGCAAAGAGGUCCCAUCUCUUAGACCAGGCCCAAAUGGCACCCACCCAGUCAACAUAGUGCGACCUCUGAGACCUGCCUCAUUUGCCAAGGGUGGUCCACGGACUCUUCCAACUGGCAAGCAUCCAGUAGCACCACCCAAAUCCCCAUCAACACCUCAGAGACUGAGCCCGCCACAGAAACCUCUACCCCUUACUCCAGCACGAUCUCCCCUGUUGGUGUCUGAGCUGCAGCCCACACCCAAAUUCCCUCCUCAGAGGCCUCUCCCCUUGAGCCCUACCAGAGCAGUCUCCCCCCAAGUGAGUCCAGUCCCGACCUCACUCUCCAAAGCCCCUCCAGGCCUACUGGUCAUGAUGCCCUCAGCAGCAGGACCGAAACCUGUGGGCAAAGUCUCUGCCAUCCCACCUUUGAGAGCUAUCAGACCGGUUCCAGGCACCAAAUUAAACACAGCUUCACAUCCAGCAUGAAAAUGAUCUUCUUCUGGCCUCUCCUCUCUGUUUUGAGGUGGCAGUAGCUGACAGCCUAUUUGCACUAAAGAGACUUUGGCUGUUGAACCACAGAGAUCUCACAGAAGUUAGAGGAGAACAAAACACAAAACUGAAAAUGGAGAGACAGAGGAGCAAACUAACUUAACCACAAUGAUUAAGUGGUCAAGUGGUUGUGCAAAUAGGCCUUGCAGACUAACACAAGUGUAAUUGUUGGGGGAUGGUCAAAUUUACCCAGUUAAUUUUUAGGGUUUUGUUUUGUUUUUGCUAAUGUCCAUCUAUAAAAAUGCAUUUUGUACUGACUUAUGUUUUGUUUACAGUUUGUUUCGUGUCACGUGGUAUGAUUUAUUAUAUCCACCAAAGAGAUCUCGUCAUUCCUGAGUAGGGAUGGGUACCGGUAUCACAUAAACGGUAAUAACCAGACCGAAAAGCAGCGCACAUUUCGGUGCUUU